AUGACCAUUGAAAUCGUCCCUGCUGUCGAAGCCGACUGUCGGCGAUUCGCACAGUUGGACAAGGCAGCUUUCGGGGCCAGCAGCAGUGAAGGCGACAUUCAGAGAAUCCUGUUUCCUCCGUCUUCGGCCGUCGAAGAAGAUGCCCCAACCGCCCGUAGGGCCGCAUUGAUGGCCAAGAUAAUGAGGGAGGACCCGAGCGCCCAUUUUAUCAAGGCCGUUGACACGGAGCUAUCUUGCGAAGAGGCUAUUGUCGGGUUUGCAAAGUGGCAUGUGUGGACGGAUGGAAUGCCGCCUUCACCGCAGCGGCAGUGGGGUGUUGGAUGCAACGCGGAAGCAUGCGGGAAGUUCUUUGGGGGCAUGGAUAAGUUGAAGGAACGCGUGAUGAUGGGCAAAAGUUGUGUUUAUCUCCAGCCUCUGAUUACUCACCCCGAUUACCAGCGACAAGGCAUCGGAACACGAAUGGUUCAGUGGGGUCUGGAUGAGGCGGCGAGAUUGAAUCUUCCUGCUUUUCUUCUGUCUUCGUCAGACGGGCUUUCUUUGUAUCAGAAAUGUGGAUUUGUGGUUGUGGACGAGACUGAAACCGACUUCACACCGUUUGGAGUCCCGAAAGUGAUUUGUUCGCGGGCUAUGAUCAGAAAAGUAUAA